AUUUGCAUGCUAGCUGGACCAUAAUUUCAUGAUAACAUGCCUGCAAACAAUUUUUAUGCAUUUUCCCAUGAAUUGCCUAAUCAUAUUUGCUGCAGAUGUUGAUUAUCCACAAUUUUUUAAACUUUUGUGACUGUAAAGCUUAAUUCCAAAAUGUCAUAUUUGAAUCAUUACUCCCAUGUUUUCUUAAGUGGGUUGGGAGGAGUGAAAGCGACCAGUUCCAGACUUCCAGUAUUCGUAACAAAAUUUUCAUUUGUGUAAUAUCUUCCAAUCUGCAAUAAUUUGGCAAGACAAAUUAAUUUUCUAUAUUUCAUUAUCCUGUGAUCCUUCAUAGCUGCCUACCAACUGGAAAUUCUAGAUACUUGUAACAGGUGCUUUAAAAUUAAAAUAAUAGGAUAUCUAUAGAUGACUAAAUUUAUGUGAGUUGCUCUGUAUAUACCAUUAAUUUUUUAAUUUGGCUUAUAAUAUGGAUUCCAUGGCAUUUUUAAGAGCAGUAAAACAAAUUUAUUGCUUCUUCUAUGGUUGAUGUUUGUACAACACAUGCAUGGUGUGAUCGAUGCAAGCAUGAAAUGAAUAUAGUUGCAAUUUCAAAAGUACUUAGGACGCUACAUGUGCAAGAGGUAUUAAUUUAAUUGCUUUCUCACUAGCGACAUAUGGUUGUUUCCUUGUUUUAUUCUGUUGGUUGAUUAGUGAUUACUUUGUGAUUUCAACUUUUGUUUACUUAUACUACCAAGCACUGAACUCAUCCAAAAAAUGUCUUAUUCUUCAUUUAUCAUCUGUCAUUUAUGCUAGCUGUUUUUCCCUGUCUUUCAAUUGUCAGUUUCUUGGUAUACUCUUAUGGAAGAUAUUGAUUCAUGGGGACAAGACUUGAAGUAGAGUGCAGUGUUCCCCUUAGAGAUGGGGAUUUUAAAUUUUUUUGACAAAUUGAUGUUGUUUGUUGCUUUUAAAAUGCUUAUUUGUGCUGCUCAAUGUAGAGUACUAGGGUUUUAGUUUGACUGUCAUAAUCAGACAUUAGUGUCUACUGCAUUGCAGAUUUUUGGCAUAUAUGGACAAACCUUCUGACUUUGUCUACUCUGUGGUAGGUCCAAGCCCAUAUUAUCAAGCUAAAAUAGCAACUAAGUAUCAUUGAUGGGCUGCCACUAUGGUCAUUGAAACCAGGUUCUGGUUAGUGACAUAGAAGAUGAUCAAUCAUGGAGUACUGGAGAGUAGCUGUACACUGGCAUUUAAUUCUGAUUCGUUUCCUCUCAGAAGGACAAACAUAUGUGAACAAGGACGAAAGGCGUAUGUGGUGGUGCAAUGGUACUUCAUAGUAUCGCUUUCGUUCCAAUUAAUAAUGCUGGACAAUGCCCCUGGAGCACAGAACGCGCAAUUAUGGGUCAAUAUAUGCUAUCCUGCACGAGUUUCGUGUAGCAAUUUUAAUCGGGCCACCUUGAUUGUUUUUCGGGCUAGAUUUUUCUCAUUUUCUAUUCCUUAUUGUGUAUAUUCCUUAUUGAAGCCCCUAUAAAUGUUGCUCGUAUUUCUGAAAUGAACAUAUGCAUUAAAAAAGUAGGUAGAAAAGAAAUUAGAUUAUUUAUCUUUCUUCAUCUAUUACAAAGUGAUACUCCCUUCCCUUCAUGAAACUCUAUCUUGG